GGGCGGGGCCUGAGGGCGAUGGGCGGAGUCAGAGGCGGGGCGAAGCUGAAACUUCAGACACGCUGAGAUCUGAGCAUCACUCGAGGAAUAAAGCACUGAAUUAAAGACAACAUGAAACUCUGUUACCUGCUACUGCUGUCAGUGCCAGCGCUGGUUCUGGCUCAGACUCAGACUCAGGAACAGAACUAUGAUGAUUAUCCAGACCCUAACUUUGAUAACGGCAUCAAUUAUGACUCCAUCUACUAUCCGGCCGUUUCUCAGCAGGGUUCACAAGCUCAGACCUCAGGACCAGGACAGACCGUGGUGGAGCUUCAGACGGAGCCGACAGAACCUGGACCGCUGGACUGUCGUGAGGAACAGUAUCCCUGCACUCGUCUCUAUUCUGUCCAUCAGCCGUGCAAACAGUGUCUCAACAGCAUCUGCUUCUACAGUCUGCGCAGGGUUUAUGUGAUUAAUAAGGAGAUCUGUGUGAGGACCGUGUGCGCUCACGAGGAGCUGCUGAGAGCGGAUCUGUGUCGAGAUCAGUUUUCUCGCUGCGGUGUAGUUGCAGUCAGUGGCCAGUGUGGGGCGAUGGGCGGCAGCUGUGCUAAGAGCUGCGGAUCCUGCUAAACACACACACACACACACACACACAGGUACCGCCUUUCAGACGCGGACACACACUGCAACUACAGCUUUACGAUGAAAACCUCUACGCAAGUGUGCAGACACAAUGCUAACGCGGAGCCGUUUCCUAACGUCAGUCUAACCUCAGAUGUCUGUGGCAUUAGUCAAGCAGCUGCUAUAAACACAUCAAUAGUUUAACUAGCUUAACUAAUAGUUAUAGAAGACUGUUUGCGCUAAUCUAGCGCCCCCUUGUGUUUGUGUACUUGUGUAACGUGUGUUUCAGACCUAAAGCUCUUCCUAUACUCCUCCAGCAUCUCACUCAAAGUUAUGAACAAAUGUUCUUCCUGUAACACGUGUACGAGCUGAGCUCCUGUAAACUGAUAUUAACUGUAAUAAUCUCUGGUUUGGAUGACUGUCUCCACUGGUGCUAUUAUUGUAUCUGUUACACAGCGGUUUGUAUUAUCACUGCUCGUCGUCGUCGUCGUCGUUUACUUGUUUAUGUGUCUUGGGGCGAGUUACACUGAACCCAGACUCCUGAUCUCAGGUCAGAGGUCAGAGGUCAAGACCUGUAAGCACUGAUCGGUCAUCAAUCACACGAGGAACGCUACUGAACACAGACGUCAGCAUUUACUGUAAUAUUAGCUGGUCCAAACCAUUGAUGCAAUGUAAUAAACAUUUUCUUUCUGUACAUUUAAAUGCAGAGUCUAUAAACAUGAAAGCUUUCUAAUGUGUAUAACAAGACUGAGACAAACGCUAUCAGUUAAAAUGCCUUUUUAAUGGGUUUCUUAGUAACUACACAAAGCCAUCGCUCCACAUGUUUUCUUUGCUUCUGGCUGAACUCUAUGUAUCCUGCACCUUAACAUUACUGCUUGUGAAAAUGAAUUAAAAUAACGAUCUUUGAUAUA